AAACAGCGGGAACUUUACUAGAGGAUCAACUGAAACCGAGCUGGAGAUUCACCCAACAUGUCUUAUUACGAACACAUCAUCUUUGAAGACAGUGUCUACCAGGACAACUCCUCGGAGUCAGAGUCUGGCUCGGGCGACUUGGGCGCAGACUUCGAUGUACCAUGUGACCGAGCGCUUAGCCAUGAGCUGCAGGCACGCGUGCUGCCAGCAGUCUACGGUAUCAUCUUUGCCCUGGGCCUGGUGGGUAACGGCCUGGUGCUGUUGGUGAUGGGGUGCCAACGAGGGGCUCGCAGCAUGACGGACCGCUAUCGCCUUCACCUGUCGGUGGCUGACCUGCUCUUUGUGCUGUCACUGCCGUUCUGGGCUGUGGACGCGGCGCAAGGCUGGCGCUUUGGCAGCUUUAUGUGUGUGGCGGUUCAUGCCGUGUACACAGUGAACCUGUAUGGCAGCGUGCUGCUGCUGGCCUUCAUCAGCGUAGACCGCUACCUAGCCGUGGCACGUGCCACCAGCAGCCGUAGUGCACGCCGCCUGCUGGCUGAGCGAGUGGUUUACGUGGGCGCAUGGCUGCCUGCCGCACUGCUCACCGCACCUGACCUGGCAUUCGCCACUGCUGAGGAGGACUUGAGUGUGAUUGAAGGGGAGGAUGCGCGAGUUGUCUGCGCACGCGUAUAUCCAUCGGACUCAGCGUCUGUGUGGUCCGUGGCCUUCCGGCUGCAGCACGUGCUCGUGGGCUUUGCCCUGCCUGGUGCCGUACUCCUCGCCUGCUACUGCGUAGUGGCUGCACGCCUGGCACGAGGACCUGCCACUGUGGGUGCACAAAAGAGACGUGCACUGCGCACAACCGUGGCACUGGUGGCGUGCUUCUUUGCCUGCUGGAUGCCUUAUUGCACCGCCAUCCUCAUCGACACCCUUGUGUCGCUGGGUGUUCUUGCACACACAUGUGAGCGUCAGCGGGCACUCGAGCGCUGGAUCUGCGCCACGGAGGCUCUGGCCUACUUCCACUGCUGCCUCAACCCCAUCCUUUACGCCUUCCUUGGCGCCACGUUCAAGAGGUCUGCACGAAAUGCGCUCACGGGUGGGCGGAGCUCCAGCAUCAAGAUCUUACCUAAGAAGAAAGGGGGCGUGUCCACAUCCACGGAGUCUGAGUCGUCCAGUUUUCACUCUAGUUAACACACAGACACACACACACACAAUGAACUGGGACUUCUAAAAUUAUUUGUACAUAAUAUACACUGGACUUCUAAAGGACCUGCUGGUGUACAUAUAUAAAGACUAUACUAUUGACCAUAUACUAUUGGAUAUGGUCCACAUACACACUCCAAUUUUUUCAACCGGUAACUAGUUGUAAAUAUGUUUGCCAUGAACUGGCAGCUGGCAGGCUGAGCCUGUAGACUGUUGACUGGUCAUCCAGCAGCCUGUAUGUAAAUAGUUCAGUUCAGUAUUACCAGGGGGACUAUUGUUGGGGAAUAUUGUUGUUCUCACAAAAUCUAUGCAUAAUUCAGUGGUUGGUGAGCUGGUCAAACAAUAUCAUUCAAAGUGGUUUGGUGUGAAAUGAGCUAUUUUACCAGCAAAUAUGUCUCUGCAAUGGCGGUUUAUUUACUGUAAGCAAAUAUAGCAACUUUAUUUGGUGUCUAAAACAACCAAUGAAUCUACAAGAAGACGGACAUGCCACAAUAGCAGCCUGCAUAUUGAUUAUGAACUGUUAUCUCCAGGGAUGGCUUGGGAAUACCCACGACUGUUAGGCCAGUGUGCUCAUGGCAAGGCCUGAUGGGAGUGGGUGUCAUUUUUAUGGGUCAUUUAAUUUCUGACGUUGUACAGGAUGUAUGUAUGGGAUUAUAUCAUAGAAGGCAUUACCACCCACAGUGGGUAGCGAGUGCAGUGGGUGGUAAUGAUCGUGACCACCAUCAUUGAAUGCAGGACACCCCACACACAUAACCCACAUGGCAGGGCAAUGCAGUGUUCAUUAGCUUUGAUGGAACAUGUGGCAUGUCAGUGUUAAUGUAAUUUUGAUUAUAGAAAUAUAGUGGAUUAGUUUGAGAACUAUUUUGAUUUCCCCAAUAAAAAAAACAUUUCACACUAAACCGCUCUGCACGACUGUGAGCAUCGCAACCACUGAAUUAUUGGGAAAUUUUGAAUCAUUUGGUGGAAUUCCCCUUUAUCUCUGUUUGUUGUACACUGGUGGUCUUCUGCACUUAUGCUCCCAUUGCUCUUAUUUAUUCUGUAAAAACGAAUACACCAAAUGAUGGAGCCGCUAAGAACGGCCUCAGAUCCACGUUCUUCCAUAUGAGCUGCUCUACAGCUGGACGCCUCAGAAUAAACUGCUUUUAUAUUUUAAA